UUUUACUUUAGGAUUGACAGAGACUUUCAGUCACUAACUUUCAAGUCAUCACUUGUAUCGGCACUUAAUUUCUUUGACAAAACAAAUUUGUUUGUUUUUUAAUUAACUGAUAUUAAAAGUUUUGUCAAACAAAAUAUGUACACAAAUAUCAUAAUGAAUGGAAAGAAUAUUCUGAACCAAUUAAUUAACAAACAGUUAAUUAAUGUCAAGAAUAUUGCCAACAAUUCGGCAAAAAUUCAGAUCAGAUUCAAUCAUCAAAUGGUUUCAUAUAAUAGGAGUCCUCCGAAAGUACUAAUUACUGGUAGUUUGGGUCAGUUAGGCACUGGACUGGCCAAAGUUAUGAGAGAAAAGUAUGGCACCGAAAACGUAAUUAUGUCGGACAUAGUGAAGGCGCCCAAACAUAUUGUCGAAAGCGGACCAUUCAUUUACGCCGAUAUCAUGGACUUCAAGAACCUGCAAGAGAUUGUCGUCAAUCAUCGGAUCGAUUGGUUAAUACAUUUUAGUGCAUUACUCAGUUCGGUUGGCGAGUAUAAUGUACCGCUGGCCAUGCGGGUCAACAUCGAGGGUCUGCACAAUGUACUGGAGCUGAGCCGUCAGUACAACUUAAGACUGUUCGUGCCGUCCACUAUCGGCGCUUUCGGGCCAACAUCACAGAGAGUACCGUCAACUCCAGAUUUUUGUGUCCAACGCCCGCAAACUAUAUACGGUGUGUCCAAAGUGCACGCAGAGCUCAUUGGAGAAUAUUAUUGCCAAAAGUUUGGUCUGGAUUUUCGUUGCCUACGAUUUCCUGGUGUCAUAUCUGCUGACACUAAUCCUGGCGGCGGAACCACCGAUUAUGCCGUCUCUAUAUUUCACGAUGCAUUGAAGUUUGCUAAGUAUGAGUGCUAUUUGAAUCCCGAUACCAGACUACCGAUGAUGUAUAUCGACGAUUGUCUCAACUCAUUGGUUACUAUUAUGGAGACACCAGAAGACAAACUAAAACAGCGGACAUAUAACGUGAAUGCUAUUAGUUUUACGCCUAACGAGUUGGUCGCUGCCAUCCAGAGAUAUGUACCACAGUUUCAGGUGACUUACAAACCGGACGCCAGACAACAAAUUGCUGAUAGUUGGCCACAAAUUUUAGAUGACAUCAAUGCCCGUAGAGAAUGGGGUUGGAGUCAUAAGUAUGAUUUGGACGCCCUGUGCGCCACAAUGUUUGCAUUAUUGCAACCAAAAUAUAACAGUCCUUAUCUGAGGACAACCAACAAUCAGAUUCCACACGAAUCUCAAAAAACUUUUGCCGCAACUGCCUAUUGA